GCGGUAACGGCGUGCACGGGUUGGGAAGGGGCGGUGGGAGAAGCGGAGCCGCUCUGAACCAUGCUAGUGAACUGUAGGUCCCUCUGUGUAGAGGCCCAGCUUUUCGAGAACGCGGGUCGAGCCUGCCCUGGGAGGGUCGCGUGCUACAGACCGCAAACUACAUUUCCCAGCGUUCUCGCGGUGCCAGGACUACCUUGCCCGAAAGCCUGCGCGUGAUUCAUCCAACCUCUCGCCGCCUGCCCCCAACCCGAAAGCUGAGGAGAUGUGGAGUCGCUGGGUUUGGCGGCUCCUGGGUUCUGAAGGCAGCGUGGGCCGCCGGGUUUCAAACCCCCGCGGGCGUUUCUCGCCGGCCCUGCGGAGAGAUUUUUUAACCACCACAACCAAGGAAGGAUAUGAUAUGAGGCGAGUGGACAUAACUCCUUUAGAACAAAGGAAAUUAACUUUUGAUACCCAUGCAUUGGUUCAGGACUUGGAAACUCAUGGAUUUAACAAAGCACAAGCAGAAACAAUUGUAUCAUUAUUGACCACUUUAUCAAACGUCAGCCUGGAUACUAUCUAUAAGGAGAUGGUCACUCAAGCUCAACAGGAAAUAACAGUACAACAGCUAAUGGCUCAUUUGGACUCCAUCAGGAAAGACAUGGUCAUCCUAGAGAAAAGUGAAUUUGCAAAUCUGAGAGCAGAGAAUGAGAAAAUGAAAAUUGAAUUAGAACAAGUUAAGCAGCAACUGAUAAAUGAAACAAGUCGAAUCAGAGCAGAUAAUAAACUGGACAUCAACCUAGAAAGGAGCAGAGUAACAGAUAUGUUUACAGAUCAAGAAAAGAAACUUAUGGAAGCAACCACAGAAUUUACCAAAAAAGAUACCAAAACCAACAGUAUUAUUUCAGAGACCAGUAAUAAAAUUGAUAGUGAAAUUGCUUCUUUAAAAACGCUGAUGGAGUCUAACAAGCUUGAGACAAUUCGUUAUCUGGCAGCCUCAGUGUUUACUUGCCUGGCAAUAGCACUGGGAUUUUAUAGACUCUGGAAAAAGCAGUGAAAGUGAAACUACUAUAUUGUGCUCAGCCUGCUGCUGCUGUUGACUUCUUAGAACACUACGCCAGGACAGAUUUACUUUGAACGUUGAAAGUUGCAGCAGAAACUUAAUACAACAAAAUUAUUCAAAGGACACAUGGACUAAAAAGAAAUGUUUUAGAAUAGGAAGGGUGUAUUUUGUCUUUGUUUUUUAUAUGUGUCUUGAUUAUGUUGAAAAGCUGCCAUUCAAACCCUGAUAAAUUUGAGAUAGAAGGGCCUUUUGUCUUUAUCCUUUUGAUAGUUCAUAGAAGCCGAACCAAAGUUUCUUGUGUUUGCUUGAACAACUGUGUAAAUCAUAUAUGAUUUCUUUUGUAUCUGCAACAAAUUUGAAAACUAUUUCAAAGCCUACAGACUUGUUACUGUAUUUAUCUUUCCUGAUAACUACUGCGCAAUUACCUUUUCAUAGAAAAUAAAAUAUUAUAACAAA